GAUUCCUGUCCUAUAUGUACCUCACUUCCACACAAACAUCUGAUAGACGCAAACGGGCUUAGACUACUUUCUGGAUUCAUCUUCUUAUCCAUGGCUGCUUCCUUCGUCACACUACCAAAACCCUUCGUUCUCUCCUCACCUCCUCUCAAAAACUCCCUCCCAGGUUUCCGGAGACAUGGCCUGAGAAUCAACGCGGUGGCACAAAAAUGGGAGCCCUCCAAGGUGGUGCCGCAAGCGGAUAGAGUGUUGAUUCGUUUGGAGGAGUUGCCUCAGAAAUCAGCAGGUGGAGUUUUGUUGCCGAAAUCAGCUGUUAAAUUUGAGCGGUACCUAAUGGGUGAGGUUCUUUCAGUUGGUGCUGAAGUUGGUGGAGUUGAAGCUGGGAAGAAGGUUCUUUUCUCGGAUAUCAGUGCAUACGAGGUGGACCUGGGGACGGAUGCGAAACACUGUUUCUGUAAAGCUGGCGAUCUGCUGGCUGUGGUUGAAUAGAUUUUCGGCAUUAACUGCCAGCCUGCCUUCAUAAAGAGAGAUGGUACUGAUGUGCCACAAUUUUGUGGGUCCUUUUAGCAACUUUCUGCAGUAAAUGAUUGAACCUUGUAUUCAGCUUCAAAAGUCCCAAGUGAUAAAAUGAUGAAAACCAUUCAUGUUGCGUCGAUCUGUGGCAACAGACUGUUCAUGCGUUGUAAUUCGUAAUGGAUUGCUUAAGCCUUUGUUUGACAAGCAAAUCGAAUUGCAGACAUUGAGUUUAA